GAGUGCUGGCUCUAAAGCUUUGCAGGGAAGGUCCUGGGGCAGGCAGGCUGCAUGCCAAGUCACUGCUGCCCUUCUCUCCCACCAGGGAUGGUGCCUUGAGCCACGGAGCCAGACCCACACCCACAGAAGGCCCUUGGACGCGGUUCACUGCAUGCCAGCCCAGCCAGGAAAGGGAGGACUCCUCACACCCCGGGCUCUCCGCGCAGGAAAAGGAACGCAGGCUCCUGUCUCACCCAAGGCUUCCAGAACCUCUGAGACGGGAGGCCACCAGCUCCACCUCAUGCGUGGGGGACCUUGCUAGCGAUGGCCCUCCUCCUCGGCUUCCUACUGCUGCUGCUGGAGCUCUGCAGGAAUACCCUCUCCCUGGGAUCACGGUCAUCUACAGAGGGUACGGAGGUCUUGGAAUUGGAAUUGCCUGCCACGAACUAUGAGACCAAAGACUCCUACAAAGCUGGGCCCAUUGGCGGUCUCUUUCAAAUCGUGCACAUCUUCCUCCGCGUGGUGCAGCCCAAUGAUUUCCCCGAAGAUAUUUUAAGAAAAAUUCUACAGAAGAAGUUUGACCUCUCAACUGAUUAUGAGAAGCCAGAAAAUGUAGUCUUGACCCUGAAGAUUAUCUACUAUGAAAUCGGGGUCAUCAUCUGUGCUGUCCUGGGACUGCUCUUUGUCAUUCUGAUGCCCCUGGUAGGGUUCUGCUUCGGUCUGUGUCGUUGCUGUAACAAGUGCGGCGGAGAGAUGCACCAGCGUCAGAAGAAGAAUGGGCCCUUCCUGAGGAAGUGCUUUGCGGUCUCCCUCUUGGUGAUUUCUAUAUUUAUAAGCAUUGGUAUCAUCUAUGGUUUUGUGGCAAACCACCACCUGAGGGCCCAGAUCGAAAAGACUUGGAAACUGGCAGACAGCAACUUCAGAGACUUGAGAACUCUCCUGAACGGAGCUCCAGCGGAAAUCAGCUAUAUCCUGAGCCAGUACACCACCACUAAGGAAAAGGCAUUCUCAGAUCUGGAUAAUGUUCAAUCAUUGCUAGGAGGCGGAAUUCACGAACAGCUGAGACCUAAAGUGAUCCCUGCGCUUGAUGACAUCAAAGCCAUGGCAGAAGCAAUCAAAGAGACCAAAGAAGCCCUAUUGAAUGUGAACAAUACCUUAAAGGAGCUGAAAAAGUCAAGCGCACAACUGAACACCAGCCUCAGUGACGUUAAAAGGGACCUGGAACAAUCACUCAAUGACCCCAUGUGCUCUGCACCUCCAGUGGCUACCACUUGCAACAACAUCAGAACGUCUCUAAGCCAGCUGGAUGACAAUACCAACAUGGAUCAGCUCCCAUCUUUGGAUAAGCCAAUUGAUAAGAUUAAUGAUAUUCUUCAAACAAAUUUGUCCAGCCUGGUUCAACAGGGCUAUAAAUCCUUUAAUGAUAUUCCUGAGAUGGUGAAAAAUCAAACCACAGACAUCAUAUCAGAUGUCAAAAGUACCUUGAAUUCCAUUGGUUCAGAUAUUGAAAGUAUAGGCGAACAGAUUCCUAUUCAGGAUCAGCUAUCGAAUUUCAUGGGUUACAUUAAUGACACUGAAACUUACAUCCACCGCAAUUUACCCACGUUGGAAGAGUAUGAUUUGUACAGGUGGCUAGGUGGCCUGGUUGUCUGCUGUUUGCUGACACUCAUCGUGAUUUUUUAUUACCUGGGCUUGCUGUGUGGCACGUGUGGCUAUGACCGGAAUGCCACCCCGACCAGACGAGGCUGCGUCUCAAACACCGGAGGCAUCUUCCUCAUGGUUGGGGCUGGAGUCAGCUUCCUGAUUUGUUGGAUAUUGAUGACCAUCGUGGUUCUCACUUUUGUCGUUGGUGCAAACGUGGAAAAACUGCUCUGUGAGCCUUACCAAAACAGGAAGUUAUUCCAGGUUUUGGACACGCCGUAUUUACUAAAUGAGAAUUGGAAACACUAUCUCUCUGGCAUGGUAUUUAACAAACCGGAUAUUAAUCUCACUUUUGAACAAGUUUACAGUGAUUGCAAAGAAAAUAAAGGCAUUUAUGGCACACUUAAGCUAGAGAAUAGCUAUAAUAUCAGUGAACAUCUCAAUAUUCAAGAGCAUGCUGGAAACAUAAGCAAUGACUUUCAAAAUAUGAAAGUAAAUAUUGACAAUAUCGUUCUGCUGGAUGAAGCAGGAAGAAAAAACCUUAUGGAUUUCAGCUUUUCAGGAAUAGACGCCAUAAAUUAUAACAUCUACUUGGCUGAGCUGAGUAAAGCCCCCACCAAAGCGAACCUUUUAUCCUUUGCAGAUGAUCUAGAAGUAAAAGCCAACCAUCUGCCCCACGGAAGUCUGAAACAGUCCCUGAAAAACAAUGCACAGACAAUUAGGACGAUUCACCGUAGCGAAGUCGUCCCUUUGGAACAGUCAAUGAAAUAUGGGAAGGCAAGGAGCUCUGUAUACCAAAGCAUCAAGGAACUUCAACAAAAAAGCAGCGGAUUGGGGAUGAAAGUGACCAAUACCCUUUCCUCUUUGGAUUCCGCUCAGGACUUCCUCACAACCCGUAUUUCCUCGGUUAUUGUUGAAGAAAGUCAGAAGUAUGGGAACACGAUAGUAGGAUACUUUGAACGCUAUCUGCAGUGGGUCAAAAUCUCAAUUACUGAGAAAAUUGCAGCCUGCAAACCCGUGGCCACCGCUUUAGACUCUGCUGUUGACGUCUUUCUGUGCAGCUACAUUAUCGACCCCAUGAAUUUAUUUUGGUUCGGCAUAGGAAAAGCCACCGUAUUUCUACUUCCGGCUCUCAUUUUUGCUGUAAAGCUGGCCAAGUACUAUCGUCGAAUGGAUUCAGAGGAUGUGUAUGAGGAAUCCUCUGUCUUGGGGAUUUGGCACUUUACUUUAUAGCUGUGUUUACUAGUUUUCACUUUGACUCUGUAGUAUGUACCUUUAUGCUUCAUGUUUUACGCCACUCACCUCCUUCGUGAUGUGUGUCUCUCCUGAAUUUACUUGGGUAGUGUCUGUAUUAGGGUAAAAACAAAUGUGGGGGAUCCAGCUGUCGAGCUGUGAUCGUAAUUAAAAACAAUAAUUGUCUCCCUUUUUAGUAUUUUAUAGUGCUGAAACUGUAUCCGUCAAAAAGUAAGCCUUUUCUUUUUUUUAAAACCAUAUUCCUAAGAUGGGACUGGGAGGUCUUUAUUAUUAUGUGAUGGACUUUUAAAACGGAAUUAAUAGCAUCUUAAAAUUACAUGACAAUGUUAGAUAUGCCCAGAUAAAAAUCUGUGCUGAUGCCUCUACAACAGGGCCAGCACACACAAGGCACUGAAGGAAUACUUGUUAAAUUAAUGAUAUUUUUAUAGGUUAAGUUUAUUAAUAUAUAAAAUGGCUGUUUCAGUGUUUGGUUUUUAAAGGGAGCAGAAUGUGAAUAUAGCUUUUUUACUCUCUUUGUAGAUUUAACAAAUGCUCACGUGCUUUUCAUGACCCCUUGCAUUGCCUUUGUAGCUCACAAUGUUAAUACUUCAUCUUAGAGAUAACAUGGUGUUUUUGGUGUAUUUAUUUUUGUUUCAGUAUGGAAAAUGGUAAUAUUGGUUUUCAUAGACAUCAUUCCACUCAGACUGUAUGAACAAAGUUUUUAAACAGAGCCAACGGCACGAGUUCUUGAUCUACAGCGUCUCUGAAUACUGGAAAAGAAACCUUCCCUUCCAGAGUUUACAGAGUUUAGUGAUUUUUGUAUGCAACACUCACUGAUGCGCCAAAGAGUAAAAAGUGUGCAUUCACAGCUGUUUUGGUUUUUGUUUUGUUUUCUCUCCAGAAGUUUUGCUUUAAUCAUCUGAGCCUUCUAUGAAAGUUCCAAUAUGUAUUACAUUCAUUCAUUUCCAGUUUAGUUUUCAGAACAAGGCAUGAAUUGUGUCACAUUUCAUUGCUUGGGAACCUAGACUUGUAGCUAGGCAAAAUCCAGCAAAUAGCAGUUGUGUGUGUGAACAAUAAACGUGAUUUCAGAAAUCUGA